AUGGCAUCACCGACACCUUCAAUAGAGUCCAUACCACGUGCAAAUUCGAUCGGAUCAUUCGGUGAUCAACACGACUAUCUAUCGCUCUCCCCGUUGGCCGAUUCCCCUCUAUCAGUGAGCGGCUCCUCACCGCCCGUCAGCGAUUCGGUAGACAGAGACAGCGACCCGUCGGAGCUCCAUUGCCAGCAGUGCCGCGACGCCGUCGCCGAUCCCAAGCUGCUCGCCUGCUUCCACACCAUUUGCAACGCCUGCCUCGACAAGAACAAGCUGGUCUGUCCGCGCUGCAGCUCCGACUCGAUCGAGGGCAUCCUCAACGGCCUGCUGUUCAACAGCGACGAUUUCUCGCAGCAAUCGUCGGUGCGUUGCACCGGCUGCAAGCACAAGAAACUCGACGCGGUCGCGCGCUGCGUCGAUUGCGCCAACUAUUUGUGCUCGAAUUGCGUGAUGGCGCACCAGUUUAUGCACUGCUUCGAAGGCCACCGCGUGGUGAACCUCGCCGAAGUCAAGGACGAGCCGAAGAACGGGCUGAUACCCAACGGCAACGUCGCCAACAACGCCGAGAAGAGCAUGAUAUGCCCGAGGCACAAGUCGGAAUUGUUGAAGUACUAUUGUCGCACGUGCGCCGUGCCCAUUUGCAAGGAAUGCCUCAGUUUGGACCAUCCGAUGGGGUUGCACGACUACGAGCACAUCAGCGAGGCGGCGCCCAAGCAAAUCGAGGCGAUCCAACACGCCGUCACCGAAGCCAAAAGCAAAGCGACAGACAUCAGAAAUAUAUUGAAGAACGUCGAGCACGUGUCGAGCCGGUUGCAAGUGCAAUACCACAAGGCCCAAAACGAGAUCAACGACACGUUCUUGUUCUACAGAUCGAUGCUGGAGGAGCGCAAACAGGAGCUGCUCAAAGAGCUCGAGAGCGUGUUCAGCGCCAAGCAAAUAUCGCUGGGCGUCGCGACGCAAAAGGGCCAGGAGACCUGCGAGCAGAUCUACAAGACCUGCGAGUUCGUCGACAAAUUGAACAAGUGCGCCAACGUCGUCGAGAUACUGAUGUUCAGGAAAUUGCUGGACGCCAAACUGCAGGGUUUAUUGAACUACAACAUCGAUCAAAGCGUGCAGGCCGCCUGCGAAUUGGACUUCGUGUCCAACUACCAAGCCAUACAAGUCGGCGUACGCAACACCUUCGGCUACGUCCGAUCGAACUCCGAACCGGUGGUGGGACCCAGUAAACAACCGCCGAUCGCGAGACCCACCGGCGGCGGUAAUAACGGCGGUUCCAGUUCGAGCGGUUCGAGCGUCAACGGCAGCUCGGGCAGCCUGAACGGCGGCAUCCACUGUCCCUUCACCAUAUCGAGCUCCAGCCAAUCUACCUCUCCGUUCGAAUCGAACAUAAUCAGCAAACGAUUCAGCAGUGCCAAUAGCUUAGGACCGUUCUCGGCCACCAUCGGCGAUUUGGCCAUCAACGGCAUCAAUCCGUACGAGAAGUGGUCGAACGGCGGCACCAACGACAGCAUAUUCCAAAACGGCUCGUCCGAUCCCUACUCGCUCACCAGCAGCGCUGCUCAUACGGAUCCCAUGCUCGAUCUCACAUCGAAGCUCAUGUCGACGGCCAUCUUCCCGCCCAAGUCGCAGAUCAAGCGCCAGAAGAUGAUCUACCACUGCAAGUUCGGCGAGUUCGGCGUGAUGGAGGGCCAGUUCACCGAGCCGAGCGGCGUCGCCGUCAACGCGCAGAACGACAUCAUCGUCGCCGACACCAACAACCACCGCAUCCAGAUCUUCGACAAGGAGGGGCGGUUCAAGUUCCAGUUCGGCGAGUGCGGCAAGCGCGACGGGCAGCUGUUGUACCCGAAUCGCGUGGCCGUCGUGCGCACGUCGGGCGACAUCAUCGUCACCGAACGAUCGCCCACGCACCAGAUCCAGAUCUACAACCAGUACGGGCAGUUCGUGCGCAAGUUCGGCGCGAACAUAUUGCAGCAUCCGCGCGGCGUCACCGUCGACAACAAGGGUCGCAUCGUGGUGGUCGAGUGCAAGGUGAUGCGCGUGAUCAUCUUCGACCAAACGGGCGCCGUGCUGCAGAAGUUCGGCUGUUCGAAGCACUUGGAGUUCCCCAACGGCGUCGUCGUCAACGACAAGCAGGAGAUCUUCAUCAGCGACAAUCGGGCGCAUUGCGUGAAAGUGUUCAACUACGAGGGGGUGUAUCUGAGGCAGAUCGGUGGUGAAGGCAUCACGAAUUAUCCCAUUGGAGUGGGCAUCAACGCUAACGGGGAGAUCCUCAUCGCUGAUAACCACAACAAUUUCAAUCUGACGAUAUUCACGCAGGACGGGCAACUGGUGUCGGCUUUGGAGAGCAAGGUGAAGCACGCCCAAUGCUUCGAUGUGGCUCUGAUGGACGACGGGUCAGUGGUGUUGGCUAAGAAAUUCUCGGCGAAUUUUCCCCGCGAUUUUCCCCAUUAUCCAACUGAUUUGAUCUCGACAGCGUAA